CUUUGGAAAGCAUGAACAAACAGCGCCCACUUGACUGUUUCCAUGCAGUGCAGCGCAGUGACAGCCAUUGUUUUUUACAGAGAGGACAGAUUAGUUCAGGUGUGUCUUGGCUUAACCAUUAAACCCAGGCUUUAUCCAGUUAAAUCCUCUGCCGACCUCUUUAGAUCGGUGAAUGCUGGGACCUUUGCCUGAGCUUUUACAGCAUUGUGUUAUUCUGCUUUUUGUUUUCUGGGAAAAAUGUUGGAAAAGAUCUUGCUCCUGCUCAGUUUGUCACUUUCUGUGGCGGAAGGGCUCUGUAAACCAGGUGUUGGAGAAGCCUACAAAGUUCGAUUCAGCAUCAAAACCGCACUGGGAGAUCAAGCUUAUCCCUGGAACAAAAAUGAAAUGUUCCUUUUCCGGGCCGCUCUGGCUUUUGCCAUGAGGGAUUUCACUAACGGAGAAGAAUUUGGGGUUUCAGACAUCCAUCCGUGUAACGAGACUCAGAGAGUGUCCUUCUGGUUUGUGGUGACGAGGCCGAACACCAUGGAUCUCGUUGAUAAAGGAACUGUGGAGAUGGCUAUAAAAAAAUCGAGAAAUCGAAUCAACGGUGCUUUUCUGCUAACAGAUAAAACUCUGGAGUUCGAUGGCAUCUAUCCCACUCUGGCAGCACCGGUCUCCCCUGACACCCCUCCGUGGCUCAUUGUCUUCGGGGUGGUCAUGGGUGCAGUUAGCGUCGGCAUCAUCGCCCUGCUUGUCUAUCCUCUGGUCCAAAGAAAACUGAAGAAAAACAUGGAUGCAGAUGACGAGGACAGCGACGAAGAGACAGGGGUGAAAACGGCUGAAAACGGUGCAAAUGACGGUAUUUAUAACUCGACGUUCUCGGACGAUGAGCGAUUCACGCAGAUGUAAAGUGCUCUUAUAAAAAAACUGCCGUGCCACAGUGUGAAAAAUAAUGUGAUUUUCUUUAAAGUUUCUAAUGUAAUUCAUUUCAGUUUUGACAUGUUAAUUUGCUCGGCCUUUCAAUACAAUAAUCACAGGCUGCCUUAAACAAAUCCAGUGUUUCACACUAUUUAACUGCCGUUUUACAAAUAAAUGUGUUUUUUCCCCUCAA